GAACGCACCCGUCUUUCUCCUUCAUAGGGGGAGCCCGUCAAGUUUGUGUGAAGUUGUGAAAAGUUGUGUCAACCCGAAAAAAGAGCAGAGAAACUCCUCCCGUCUUCAAAUUAUGAGCAAUCAGCAGCAGGGUGAAAUGGCCGCUGUGGAGAGCGGUGGAGGCUACAGUCAAAAGCGAAACACAAGCAAUUCACAAGACUCACAGCAACCAUCUCCUCUCGCCUUGUUGGCAGCCACAUGCAGUCGAAUUGACACCCCAGGAGAGAACGAUUCACCUGCAGACCAACAACAACAAAACCAGCAGCAACAGCUGGACCUAAACCAGGGUGUCUUCACCUCCAGUGCCAACGGCUGGCAGGUUAUCCCUCUUAGCGUUCAAACAACCUCAGGCACCAACACCAUCACCACUGACUCCUCAGGGGUGAUGACAGUUGGAGACAUAGGCAAGUGCAGACAGGUGUUGUCACCAUCAUCAACUGUUGUGAGCACUCAAGGACAGCAGCCACAGCAAUAUGUAGUAGCCCAGGCUCCGUCGAUGCAGGGUCAGCAGGUGCUUACCACCAUAGCAGGUAUGAUGCCCAACAUUCAGUACCAGGUUAUUCCCCAGUUUCAGACAGUAGAUGGCCAGCAACUGCAGUUGGCACAUGCUCAGCAGGAUUCUGCUCUAUCUGCUGCUGGACAAGGGCAGCAGUUUCAGAUAGUGUCAUCUUCCAAUGGCCAGCAGAUCUUAGCUGCAACCAACAGAGCUGGUGCAGCAGGGAACAUCAUAACAAUGCCCAGUCUCCUUCAGGGAGCCAUCCCUAUACAAAAUAUAAGCUUAGGCAAUGGCAUGUUACAAACCCAGCCCCAGUUCCUGGCAAAUAUGCCUCUGUCACUAAAUGGAAACAUCACUUUGUUGCCUGUUAGCACUGGAUUAAGCGGAGUGGGAGAUGCAAAUGGUGGAGGUGAUAAUGGGGGAAACCAACUUAUACAGCAACAUCCAGUGUCCAGCGGGACAGGUUACAUGACAAGUGCGUCCACUGUCACCACACAGGCUUCCUCUUACGGAAUGACCCAAACGCUGAACAGCAAUGGACUGACAUUCCAGCAUAACGCAGCAACUUCUCUGGGUGUCCCGAUACAGCCAGACAACAGAGACGGGCAGCAGCCACAGCAGAUCCUUAUUCAGCCUCAGCAAAUUAUCCAAGGUGGAACACCCCUCCAGACCAUCCAGGCUGGUACUGUUACGACCGCUGGGGGUCAGGUAUUUGCGACUCCGACACUCAGCCAGGAAGGGCUUCAAAAUCUUCAAAUUAUGCCAAACACAGGCCCCAUAUUCCUGCGCACUGUAGGCCCCAAUGGCCAGGUGAGCUGGCAGACCAUUCAGAUCCAGAGUCCGACAGGGCCGCAGAUAACACUGGCCCAAAUGCAGUCUCUUCCCCAACUUGGCCAGGCUCAGGGUGGUGCAGCUGGGGGAGUAUCUGUCAACACAGUGCAGAUCCCAGGCCUCCAGACCAUAAAUCUCAACACAAUCGGAGGCGCCGGGCUGCAGAUGCACCAGCUGCAGACUGUUCCCAUCACCAUCGCUAGCUCAGCAGGAGAGCAUGCGUUGCAGACAGGCGGAGAAAGUUUAGAUGAUGGCACAGCUCUGGAUGAUGGGGAAAUAAGCCCACAACCUCAAGGAAGACGGAACCGCAGAGAAGCCUGUACCUGCCCCUUCUGCAAGGAUGGAGAAGGACGAGACCCAACUAAAAAGAAGCAGCACAUUUGUCACAUCUCUGGCUGUGGGAAGAUCUACGGCAAGACCUCUCACCUGAGGGCUCACCUGCGUUGGCACACAGGAGAACGACCCUUCGUCUGCGGCUGGUCUUUCUGUGGCAAACGAUUCACCCGUUCAGAUGAACUUCAGCGCCAUAAGAGGACGCACACAGGUGAAAAAAGGUUUGUUUGCCCAGAGUGUCCCAAACGCUUCAUGCGCAGCGAUCACCUCUCCAAGCACAUCAAAACCCACAUGAACAAGAAAGCAGUCGCCGCCACCAGCACCACAGUCUCGACUGACGCUGCUUCCCCUACAGCAGGGACAAAAGUCGUCACAGCCGCCGGUGACCAGCACACCAUUGUCACCAUGGAAACCUUAUCUGCAGAGAACAUCGCUCGAUUAGCCAGCAGUGGGAUCAACAUGAUGCAGGUGGACCUUCACCAAAUUAACGGCAACAGCUACUAAGGACUGUGGAGGAGCAGGAAGACGGGCUUUGGUGGAUGUUGCAUUCGGACAUUUGGGGUUAAAAAGGGCAUGUCGGACUGCAGACACGGAAGCUCUCAAAGGCUUCAGAUGGGAGAGGCAGUCACAGAUGCAAGUCAACAGACACUAUUGAAUUCAAGAACUGAGGCAGGAAUAUGGAUCUCCAUCUCAUGUUUAGAUACCUGUAGUGUUUUAAGGGUCAGAGUUGGAUGAAAAUGUUAAGACUAGAGAAAUAAUCAUGAAAUUGUGUUUCCCCUGAAUGGAAAUGGCACUACACUAACACCUGUCCCACACGGAGACUCAGUCUUACUUGAUAGUGGGAGUGCAAUAACACACACAGACCGGCACUCUUGAUAUUGAAUUAGUAGCUAGUGAUAUCCUCUCUACGAGCUUCUUUAGUAAAAAGAUGACACUACUAAGACACUCAGUUGUUUCCAGAGCUGUGAGCUUUGCUACUUGUCCUUCUUCACCUCAGGUGUUUCCUGCCCUCAGACUGGGCUGCUGUAUCAGGCUUAAAGACCCAUAAUGCUAAAUUCACCCCAAAAACUGAAAAUGUAACACUCUGAAGCAGCAAAUAUUUUGUUUUGUUUCUCACAUUUUCUGUGGCUGCCGGGUUCACAAACUAACAAUCCCAGUAUCCUAGAGAUAAUAUGAAAAGUGUUUUAGGGUGGAUUGUCAGAGAAGGGCUGGAAUACACAAGUUCACGACCAGGUCAGAGCCAGGAGCACUAAUCAUUGAGGAUGUAGGUGUGUCAGGGCACUGCAAUCCUGAGAAUAACUCAUUAACUUCUAAUGUAGGUACACACAUUCAAGCCAUCAUGCUUUGAUAUGUUUAUCAUAGCAAAACAUUUUGAUUUAUUUUUCUUUUUUUUAUAUAUAUAUAUUUUUCUUUUUUUGGAAAUGUAAAGGCUACAGAAAUUCUUAGCUUGGGCAGGAUCAUCUUGCAUGAUUGCAAGAGAUUGCCUUUCAGUUGUAUGAACCUCAUGCGCAAUCAAAUCUUAAUCUUAUGUUAUUACUUUUAUAUAUAUAUAUAUAUGUAGAUUUAAAUGUUAAAAUUUAAGAGCCUUUGUCAGAAUAAUGUAUUCUAUACAGGUCAGAUCUUCCCAGUACUUCUUUUCCCUGUGGUAUACUCAUCAUCUUUGCCUUGCAGUCAGUUUCUGUUUUCUUUCGGUGGAAAACAUUUUUUUUUUUAGUCAUAUCUGGUCAGAGUGAAGUCUUUUGUAAAGUUCAGACAGCAUAAAUAUGUAAGCUCAAAACCAAAGGUUCAUACUCGUUUUAUAAGCAAACUAGGAAAUCUUUCUUUGGUCCAUGAACUUCCUGAUCAUUUUUACACUUGGAAUACAUGUUAAAAGUUGUAACUGGAAUGGAAAAGAUCCAGCUUGAGGCACGCACUGGACACACAUCCCUUAUUGUCCAAUUAAAUAAAUUGCAAAAGGUAUUAAGGGUCAAAGUUUUUUUCUGAAAAGAUGCUUCUCAUCACUGUUAAUCGAUUUAUUUGCUUCAGAAUUCUGCCUUUUGAAAGAAAUUAACUUCUAUUACGUCAAAAUGUUCAAAAGCUCCUUUGAAACUAGACAAAGUUCAUUGGACAACAAGUGCUCUUAUUUUUUUGCCCCGUUUUAAUAAGGGAUUUUAUAUUGUGUGUGUAUACAACUACUGCAAAUGCCAACAGCUGGAUUAAAAUGAUAUACAAUGUC